UGGAACAUUCAUAGUUUUUGCAACAUUUUUUUUAAAAGGUUCAAUUUGUCAUAAAUCCUUCUUUAAAAAAAACAAACAAUCUAAACAUUCUAAAUGUUGACCUCAUGCCGUAAAGGGAGGCGCGCUGCUCCGCUCGACCUUCUGCCGUCAGCUGCGCGGCAGCGUCGCAAACAGGAAGCACGUGUUUGCAGCGCUCUCUAAACCGUGACCGGGUCCGAGUUGUUACUGAAUUUAAAAGAAAAAUAAAUUAAAAAAACACAAUUUAAAAGCGUUUAUCGUGUCGUUUAAACAACAUAACAUGCGUGAAGGAAAACCUUCGUGCAAAUCUGCAGCGCGUCAUUCAUUAUAGCAGAGUUUGAGUCGAACCGGUUCUCUUACGUCACUUUGUUUUGGAAUUUUCCACAAAAAAACAGUCAUGUUUGUUGUGAUUGAAAUGGUCGACACGGUCCGGACCCCGCCCUGGCAAUUUCAACAGAAACUGAACGACGCCAUCGCGGAACAGCUCAAUAAGAAACUAGCCAACAAGGUGGUCUAUAAGGUUGGGCUGUGCAUCUGUCUUUAUGACAUCACCAAACUGGAAGAUUCUUUCAUCUUCCCUGGCGACGGAGCCUCCCAUACAAAAGUUCACUUCCGGUACGUGGUCUUCAGGCCUUUUCUGGACGAGAUUCUUGUCGGGAAAAUCAAAGGGUGCAGCCAGGAAGGAGUGUACGUCUCUCUCGGUUUCUUCGAUGAUAUUCUGAUCCCUCCGGAAUCGCUCCAGCAGCCGGCCAAGUUUGAUGACUCAGAGCAGGUCUGGGUUUGGGAAUAUGAAACAGAAGAAGGGGCUCAUGACCUCUAUAUGGACCCGGGGGAGGAGGUCCGUUUCAGAGUGGUGGACGAGGUGUUCGUCGACACCUCCCCCAGCGGCCCCCUCUCCUCCGAGACCACCCCGGGACCCCCCGGCACUGCCCCCGCCCCUGCCAAUCCAGACGAGAAGAAAGAGGCCCCCUACACUCUCAUAGUGAGUGCUGACCCUCGUACCCUGAACUACAGGUCCCAUGAGCCUCUGCCAUGUGCCAGAGGCAUGCUGGGAUCUGUAGUUCAGCAGACCCUGAUAUUGAUGAGAUCCAGCCCUCUGAAAUGUCUUUAUAAUAUACAGCACUAGACCC